AUGGCUGCUUCUGGUGUGAACUACAUCGUGUACGACGACGACCCCGCCCUCGGCAAGGAGGCCCCUGGCAUCGACACCGUCGAGUUUGUCAACGGUGAGCCGCGCCCGCUGCUCUCGGACGACAAGCACACUCUGCUUGUGUUCUGGGCCAAGUGGGACAAGGCCAACUUCCACGCUUACGAGAAGUUCGCUGACGUCGCCGCCAAGCACGCCGAUGCGCUUAACGUCAUCUGCGUCUCGACCGACCCGGAGAAGUCGUACGCCGAGGGCAUGCUCACCAAGGAGAAGUACGCCGAGCCCGGCCAGCACCUCAAGAAGAUGAACGUCGCCUGGGACGCCAACAAGACCGUUGCGUCGGCGUACAAGGAGGUCAUGGAGGAGCUUGUCAUCAACCUCCCGCACGCCUUCCUCAUCAACAAGUCGGGCAUUGUUGUCUGGCACGAGAUCUUCCGCGCCAACAACGCCGACUGCAAGCUCAUGGCCCAGAUCGACCGCCUUGUUGCCGGCGAGGAGAUGGAGCUCUCCAACGGCCCGACUCCGGUCAUCGAGGACGACUCUGACUCGGACUCGGACGGUGGUGCCGAGGUUGAUGACGACUUUGAGCUCUUCUAA